AUGAAUGCGGCUGAAAAGUUGGGGUUAUCUUCACUUCAAAAAAUUACGGCUGCGUUUGGAAUGCUUGCAUAUGGUGUCUCAACCGACCUUUUGGAUGAGUAUGUGCCGAUCGGAGAGAGCACGGUUAUAUUGUCUAUGAAGAAAUUUGUGAAAACUAUUAUAUCUGUUUUUGGAAACGAAUACUUAAGGUCUCCAAAUAGUGAUGAUAUUGCUAAAUUAUUGGUCAUCGGUGAAAGUCGAGGCUUCCCCGGAAUGUUAGGAAGUAUUGAUUGCAUGGAUUGGAAAUGGAAGAAUUGUCCGACUGCUUGGAAAGCACAGUUUAGUGGUAAUAUUCACGAACCAACACUUAUAUUAGAAGCUGUUGCAUCGCACGACCUCUGGAUUUGGCAUGCAUUCUUUGGUUUACCAGGUUCACAUAAUGACACCAAUGUGUUGGAUCGUUCAUUUGUGUUCACAAAACUAGCUCAAGGACGUUCCCCACCAGUGCACUAUUAUGUCAAUGGUCGCCAUUACUCAAUGGGUUAUUAUCUUGCUGACGGUAUCUACCCAUCAUGGGCUAUUUUUGUGAAGACAAUCCCUAUGCCAAAAACAAAUAAGGCUCGACAUUUCAAAACGUUGCAAGAAUCGUGCCGAAAAGAUGUUGAGCGUGCUUUUGACGUACUGCAAGCGAGGUUUGUUAUAGUGCAUGGGCCAGCUCGGUACUUCAAACGUUCAACACUUCAUGAUAUAAUGUUGGCGUGCAUAAUUUUGCACAAUAUGAUCGUUGAAUAUGAACGGCAUUUACACGUUCAACUUGACACCGCAGACAUAUAUGAACAGGUUGAAGACGAUCCUCCAACACCAAUACUUGAGCACUUACGGACUCGUGAGUUUCAAGACUUCAUCAGUCAGUACAUCCGUAUUCAAGAUAGAGAAAAACAUACUCAACUUCAAGCUGAUCUUGUGGAGCAUUUGUGGAACAUUAAUAGCAAUGCUUAG